GCGCCAAGAAAGACUGUCUUCUUCGUUUUCCUCUUCAUUCCAAUCCCAAUUUCACAACCUAACAAAAUCCCUAACCCUAGAAAUCGAAUCCUCUUAUUAACGUUAUUAUACCCCCAAUUGCUAAUUAAUUUUUAUUCAAAAUCCCAUUCCAUAUAUCUCACCUGCAUAUCCGACCCAAGCAAGCAGCAUUCAAAUCUCUAUCACCAAACCACAUUUAUCAAAAUCUCAGACAGUGGUGGAAGAGAUGGAUGGAAAGAAUAGUAAUGAAAUUGAAAUUGGGAAUUCAAAAUGCCAAGAGAAAGUGGAAGGGGAGAAAGUUUCUUUUGUGCUCCUUAAUCCUAAGGAUUCUGAUAGCUGUACUAAAUCUUAUCUUCAGGAAGUACUCAACGUGUACAGGAAGGAGCUUCCCACGAUGAAUUAUGCUGCCAAUACUGGAAAGCAAUCCAUGUUCCUUGAAAGAUGUGUAACAAAUGGGAAAUAUUGUACAUUGCUUUUGAAAUCCAACUCUUUGGGAGAUUUCGGAGAGGUAAUAGCCGCAAUUACUUAUCAAAUAGUCCCUGCUGAUACUCAACAUGCUGAGAUCCCUCUUGCUGCUGUUAGUUCAAUGUAUCAACACAAGGGUUUGGGUUGCUUAUUGUAUGUGGAAUUGAGAAGGAGACUGCACAAUGUUGGUAUUCGCACAAUAUUCUGUUGGGGAGACAAGGAAUCUGAAGGAUUUUGGUUUAAACAGGGUUUUGUAUCAAUAGCAGAGGUUGACAAUAAGGGUAGAGCUCGUAGGCUGCCUAUUAAAGCUGAUAUACGGAAAGCAUUAUGCUUUCCUGGAGGUUCAACCCUCAUGGUUUCUCAUCUUAACAAGGAACUUGCAGAUAAUUCUGCAGGUUCUCUAAGAUUGUGUAUACCAUUAAAGCCUCAUGAGAAGUCUUCAUCAUCUGCUGUUAUUGGAGUUCAACAACUUGAAAUUUCUAGAGACGGUUGUCAUUCUCCAAUUAAACCAUACCGAAUGAUCUCUGGAGCUAAGAACAUUCCACCUGAAGUGUUGGUGAAUGAUGGCCUCUCACAAAAAGAUGACAAGUUAGAUGGAGCAGAUGGUAACAAGAUGGCCGUUGGUGAAGAAUUGUCCGAGAUUGGAGCUGAACCUAAUGCAAAACAUUGUUCUUGUUCUACAAAGGGUGCAAAGAGGAGGGUUUGGGAGGCCUCUUUAUCUUCAUUGAAGUCAAAGAAGAUAAAAGGAAGCCAUUCAAUUGACUGUCAAUUAGAUUCUUGUCCUAAAGCUUUAGAAAGUGAUGGAAAUCUUUCUUGCUUUCAUGGAUAUUCCUUGGACUCUUCGAGAAACAAAUCUUUGUUGGGAGUUACUCCAACAGCUUCUGUAAGACAAAGUAAGUGCUUGAAAAAAAGUGCUGAAGAACAUAAAUCUGUUAAUAUAUUUCCAGAAGGUCCGGCCAGUAAGGAACUUCAGUCAAAGGGAGAAUGCUUUAGAAUAAUGUUGAUGAAUAUUGCUGAUGAUGCUAAGAAAACUUGUCUCACCAAGGUAAUUGAAGACCUUGGUGGUGCUGUUAUCUCUAAUGGAAGUUUAUGCACGCAUGUUGUCACAGGAAAAUUGAGAAAAACACUGAAUUUUUGCACUGCUCUAUGUUCAGGAGCUUGGAUAGUCUCACCUAAUUGGUUGAAAGAAAGCUUCCGUGAGGGAAAAUUUGUGGAUGAAUCACCCUACAUAUUAAAUGAUGAUGAAUAUGCGUUGAAGUACAGAGCUGAGUUAAAAUGUGCAGUUCUAAGAGCAAAAUCCAGCCCCCAAGCUUUGCUCAAAGGGUAUUAUGUUUGCAUAGCUGCUCAUGUUCAACCCCCUGCUAAGACCCUAUCAGCCAUUGUUAGGUCUGCUGGUGGAGAGAUCAUUCCUGGACUGGAGAAGGUGAAUAAAUCAAGCAAAACAAUCUUUGUGGCAUGUGAAGAAGACAUGGAAGUAGCACUUUUGGCUGUAAAGAAAGGGAUAUGGACUUUCAGUAGUGAUUGGUUAAUGAACUGUGUCAUGAGACAAGAGCUUGACUUGGAGGCCCCCCAAUUUGCAGAAUCCCUAUAAGGAGACUAACACAUUGUGUAUAUCAAGUUCUAUUAAAUUUACAAUUCUAACUAUAAAAAGGAGAGAAAAUCAGAAGAUCUGUUAAUUAUUCAAAAUCUUAUUUAUUGUCUCAUGAAUAGAGAAAGGUAAAGUCAUUUUAUUGCAAAGCUCCUUGGAUGGCAUAAGGCCCUUUUUCUUUGUAAUGGAAGUGAAGGACUGUUGCUAGUAGAUAAAAAUGUGUUAUUUUGGAAGCAAAUCUGUGAAUUGCAUCAAGAAACUUGGCAUGCAUGGAAUUGCUUUGUAGCAAAUAUUGCUUUAACAAUAACAUUUCUCUAGGUAAUGAGGAAAAUUAUUUGGAGUUAG